GCCGGGGAGGGGGGAUUGGAAGCUGAGGGAUUUUCACCCCCCAUUGCUCCCCUCCCUCUGCACCCCCAUUAUUCUCCCCUUCACACUGGGGCUGGGGAUCCCCGCACUGGUGCUGUUACAUGGUGAGGUGGAGGAGUGACCAGGAUCCAGAGGGACAACCAGUUUUGCAAUGUCCAGGGCAGAAUUGGUAGCUUGCUCAAAACAGCUUACAUCUAUUUGCUGAAUGCUCACUCUGCGUGGUUCUCUACAAAACAGAGAAUGGUAAAUAACGCUGAAGACCCCUGAGAGGCUUUCUGACUUGCCCUCCUCAUGUAAAGUAUGCUCAGAACCUUUCCAGUAGUGCUGCUGGAAACCAUGUCUCACUACACAGAUGAACCCAGGUUUACUAUAGAGCAGAUAGAUCUGCUUCAGCGCCUGAGACGUACUGGAAUGACCAGACACGAAAUCCUGCACGCCUUGGAAACCUUGGACCGUCUCGAUCAAGAGCAUAGUGACAAGUUUGGAAGACGGUCUAGCUAUGGAGGCGGUUCCUAUGGCAACAGUACCAAUAAUGUCCCAGCAUCUUCCUCUACAGCCACAGCUUCUACACAGACUCAGCAUUCUGGGAUGUCCCCGUCACCUAGCAACAGUUACGACACCUCCCCACAGCCUUGCACUACUAAUCAGAAUGGGAGGGAGAGUAACGAGAGGUUGUCAGCGUUCAAUGGGAAGAUGUCACCCACUCGCUAUCCACUUGCAAACAGCUUGGCUCAAAGGUCGUACAGUUUUGAAGCCUCUGAAGAGGACUUGGACGUAGAUGACAAAGUGGAAGAAUUGAUGAGGAGGGACAGCAGCGUGAUAAAGGAGGAAAUCAAAGCCUUUCUUGCCAAUCGGAGGAUUUCCCAAGCAGUUGUUGCACAGGUAACAGGUAUCAGCCAGAGCCGGAUCUCUCAUUGGCUGUUGCAGCAGGGGUCAGACCUGAGUGAACAAAAGAAAAGGGCAUUUUACAGAUGGUACCAGCUUGAGAAGACGAACCCUGGGGCUACGUUAAGUAUGAGACCUGCUCCAAUCCCAAUAGAAGAGCCAGAAUGGAGACAGACACCUCCCCCAGUCACAGCUACCUCUGGGACCUUCAGACUACGGCGAGGCAGUCGGUUCACAUGGAGAAAGGAGUGCCUGGCAGUUAUGGAAAGUUACUUCAAUGAGAAUCAAUAUCCUGAUGAGGCAAAGAGAGAAGAAAUUGCAAAUGCCUGUAAUGCAGUUAUACAGAAGCCAGGCAAAAAGUUGUCAGAUUUGGAGCGAGUUACCUCCCUUAAAGUGUACAACUGGUUUGCCAACCGGAGAAAGGAAAUCAAGAGAAGAGCCAAUAUCGAAGCAGCAAUCCUGGAGAGCCAUGGCAUAGAUGUACAGAGUCCAGGAGGCCAUUCCAAUAGCGAUGACGUCGAUGGGAAUGACUAUUCAGAGCAGGACACUUGGCAAGUACGCAAUGGGGAGGAGGAGGGAAGAUGUUCAGAGGGAGGCAGAGAAGCAGAGAAGGUAGAAGAAGACAGGAGGAUCUGCUCCAAACAAGAUGACAGCACUAGCCAUAGUGACCACCAAGAUCCCAUUUCAUUAGCCGUGGAAAUGGCAGCAGUAAACCACACCAUCUUGGCAUUGGCCCGGCAAGGAACCAACGAAAUCAAGACAGAGGCCCUAGACGACGACUGAUACAAAGAAGGGGGAGGGUCAAAGCAAGAAGUAACUUAGUUUUAGACGUAGCACCUUAGCAGACUUUCCUCGGUCCUUAAUAUGUGUUCUUCUUACAGUAUAACUUUGCAGUUUCUUGUACGUCAGUUAGCUGUUAGGGUCUUGUUCUGUGAAGAUGGCAUGGUGCCCUCAGCCUUUGCAUAUACUCUCUCAGUAUUAAUUCCCAGUAAAUAAUCAGUCAACCAACCAACCUCCCUCUCCCAGCCCCAGUGGCUCGAAAAUCUUGCUGCUUUGUCUUAGCAUUCCAAGAAAGUGCUUCCAGGUAUUUUAGAGAGUCCUCAGUUCCAAGUCUUAGGCCACAUUUCAAAUCUUGGAUACCCUUAGACAUCAUGUAAAACUAGUCUGUACGCUUUUCCUUCUCCAAGACUGAAAGGAUGGAAGCUGAGGUAGAGGCACAGGGUCGAUGGACACCAUAUUGGGAGUAUCAACAGAGAGUAAAAAGAACACUAGAAACCCCACUUCAGCAUGGGAAUGAGUGAUUUCCAGCUGCAAUAAGCCGUGCCUCACUGGUCACACAGUGACUUGAUAUACUUCUUUUGGGUACUGCGCUGAGAAUGUCCAUGGGAAACAUAUUCACACAUUUCGGUUGAUGCUCACAUAUUCAACACAGACAUCCUCUACUCUCACAAGCUGCAUGGCUUAGUGGAUAAAAUACUGCCUUCUGCCUCUGGGACCAUGAUAGAAGCCCAGCCUGGGAUCACAUGAAAAAUGAGCUGAAUGUCUAAUGGACGGCAGUCCACUUCUCAAAACCACUAUUCAUUAUUUGGCACAUCUAGCAGUGCCUGCUCUGAAGAGGUCUAGACUCGAUCAAUCUCUCAUAGAAGUUGCGUUACCUUUUGUUCUUCCUCUCACCUUUUCCCCCUCCAGCCCCUCUCAAAAGCAAUGUUUUCGAAAAAGGGAUUAAGAUAAUAAAUGGGUGAGUUUGUACAAGUCUGUGUAACUACUGCCUGCAAUCCUAACAGGCCUGAAAGGUUAUUGGAGGACGUUGGUAUCUAGUUUCUGCUAGUUAUCAACAUGGCAUAAAUAUGCACCCAAAUAUGAACACUUCUUAAAAGGCAGGAAGAUCUCCUCCUUGAGAUAUAGGGUGUAAUGCUUUUGUGUUCUCUUUACUCUGUCCUUGUUAUGGUGUCAGAAAGCUGUACUGCUACAGACAAUUUAAUUAAUAACGGGAAGCCAUAUUGAUAAUGGAUGUGGUAAUAUUUGUAAAGCAAACCUACUUUAAGUAGCA